AUGGUCGAACACGAGCCCGAGCCCAAGCGCUUUUCUCCCAAGGUGCCGGUCCAGCUUGACCCGCCCAAAGAUGACCCCAUCUCCAAGGAGGAGCUGGCCAAGAGCGACGGCACCGAUCCCAACCGCCCGACUUUGGUCGCCAUCAAGGGAGUCGUCUUUGAUGUGAGCCGCAAUGCUGCCUACGGCCCGUCGGGGCAAUAUCGCGUCUUUGCUGGAAAGGAUCCCUCUCGCGCCCUGGCGAGCUCGUCGCUUAAACCCGAAGACUGUGUGCCCGAGUGGUAUGACCUCGAGGAGAAGGAGAAGACCGUGCUCGAUGAAUGGUUUACCUUUUUCAGCAAGCGGUACAACAUUGUUGGUAAGGUUGAAGGUGCGACGAACGCCUGA